CAACAAUCCCGAGAGCCCCAACUGGCAGUCCUUCCACCCGACGCUGCGCGAGAGGAAUGCGCUCAUGUUCAACAACGAGCUGAUGGCUGACGUCCACUUCAUCGUGGGGGCCUUGGGGGCAGCCAGGCGCGUGCCCGCCCACAAGUACGUCUUGGCUGUCGGCAGCUCUGUCUUCUAUGCCAUGUUCUAUGGGGACCUUGCGGAAGUCAAAUCAGAAAUCCACAUUCCUGAUGUCGAGCCUGCCGCCUUCCUGGUCUUGUUAAAGUACAUGUACAGCGAUGAGAUUGAUCUGGAGGCGGACACAGUGCUUGCCACUCUGUAUGCUGCUAAGAAGUACAUUGUACCUGCAUUAGCCAAGGCCUGUGUCAACUUUCUGGAGACAAGCCUGGAAGCCAAAAAUGCCUGUGUCCUGCUAUCCCAGAGUCGACUGUUUGAGGAGCCUGAACUGACCCAGCGCUGCUGGGAAGUCAUUGAUGCACAGGCUGAGAUGGCUUUGAAGUCUGAAGGCUUCUGUGAAAUUGACCGGCAGACCCUGGAGAUCAUUGUGACCAGGGAGGCCCUCAACACCAAAGAGGCUGUGGUCUUCGAGGCGGUCCUGAACUGGGCUGAGGCAGAGUGCAAGAGACAGGGCCUCCCGGUCACCCCUCACAACAAGAGGCAUGUUUUGGGAAGAGCCCUUUAUCUAGUCCGAAUUCCAACUAUGACUCUAGAGGAGUUUGCCAACGGUGCUGCCCAGUCAGAUAUCCUGACCUUAGAGGAGACCCACAAUAUCUUCCUUUGGUACACAGCUGCAAACAAGCCAAUCCUCGACUUUCCCCUGACCAAAAGGAAGGGCCUUGCUCCACAGAGGUGUCACCGCUUCCAAUCUUCUGCCUACCGAAGCAACCAGUGGAGAUAUCGUGGGCGCUGUGACAGCAUCCAGUUUGCAGUGGACAGAAGGGUGUUCAUUGCCGGACUGGGCUUAUAUGGGUCCAGUUCUGGAAAGGCUGAGUACAGUGUGAAGAUUGAACUCAAACGGCUAGGGAUGGUCCUAGCUCAGAAUCUCACCAAGUUUGUUUCAGAUGGAUCCAGCAACACAUUCCCAGUCUGGUUUGAGCAUCCAGUCCAGGUGGAGCAGGACACCUUCUACACUGCCAGUGCUGUCCUGGAUGGCAGUGAGCUCAGCUACUUUGGGCAGGAAGGAAUGACAGAAGUACAGUGUGGAAAGGUAGCCUUCCAGUUCCAGUGCUCCUCGGACAGUACCAAUGGGACUGGAGUCCAGGGUGGACAGAUUCCAGAGCUCAUCUUCUAUGCCUGAGGUGUAGGGCUUGGGGUGGACUUGCCCAUUAGGCCAAUGCUCUUCCUCCAUGGAGUCUACCCAGUAAGUGCAGUGGAGGUGCAGGACACUGCCUACUGCCUUACUGAUACCAUUAAAGGUUUGGCUUACCAUAUCA